CGGGCAGUUGUGUGACGUUUGCGCUGCUAUGGUGCUUAAUUACAACUCACUUCCAAGGUUGGCUAACCAUUUCUAGAGUCUUGGAGCUGGCUACUUACCUAGUUAGGCUUAGUAGUAAGCACACAGAACUCUAAGUUAGUUAUGCUAUGUAGCUGCCCUAUCAUUAAGUCCCGAGCCUUCAAUGCUCGUCAGUCUCCAGCCAUUUUGACUUCGAAGCAACUACGAACUGCGACACAUAAGCUGCACUCGGUAUACCAUUCAUCACUCGAAAGGCUGAAGAUACGUACUGUGUACGUAGUAGUCAAACCUUCGAAGUAUCAGUAUCUCGCUCCUUUUCCCCAGCAGACUUCAACAUUUUUGCCAUGUCCUCCGAAGAAACAAACCCCCUCGCCGAAUCCGGCGUCACGAUGCACUCCGACAGUGAACAAUAUUCUGCUGGAGAGGAUAUCUCGACAUCCCCACCCUCUUCAUCUUCGCCACCUAUUGUUCUCUAUAAGCCACCGACCGUUUGGUCUAUGCUCCGAGGUGCCGCUAUCAACCUUCUGUUGCCGUUUAUCAACGGCAUGAUGUUAGGGUUUGGCGAGUUAUUUGCGCAUGAGGCUGCGUUUAGGCUAGGAUGGGGGGGCACCAGAGUUUUUCCAUUCUCACGCCGAAGAACACAUCCCAUUGGCCCCGGCAUCGAAAUCCGUGAGCGACAAAAACCUCGGUUUGACCUACAAGACCUCACAAGCCUAGAGUGAUACUUUUCAUAGGGUUGACUAUGUUCACAAUUUCAAUAGAGCCGGAAUAAUUGAAUACUGGGGAAAUGCGCACCAUGUAUACCUAGUGAUUAUCUACCUAGGUAGAUAACAUGCCUCAGUAGUUACCUAGGUUAGUACUAUGUGCUUCACAUCUUGGGCAGUCUCUGCCUAUAUAGGUAUAUAGUGCAUAUACACGGUAUUGGAUUGAACUGAACUGAACUGAACUGAACUGGGGUUCGGUGUGAUGGGCGGGCAAAAUACCAAAAGAAAGGUAAUAGGAUGUUAAGGUCUGUCUGUAUGAGGCUGUGGAAAAGAAAUGUUGAAUGGUAGAAUAACUUACAGGUGGUUGAAAAUGCAUACUCCAUUCAGUACGUCAAUGCUUCAGGACUUUGCAUUAUGUACCUACAUCAAAUAGUUGCAUACUACGGUAUUACUACCAGACAUACGUGUACAUGAUGCUACCCUUGUAUGCAGUACCUAGUACCUAC